GUAAUUUUAUGUUUUUGUAAGCAUUUAAUAGAAUAAUUCACCAUGUUGAAGUUUAACAAAAGCACAUGUUUGGUUGUAUUUUAAAGCAACAUCUCAGAUACAUGAACAAAGAUCUUAAGACAUUUGGUAUGAAGUUAAAGCUUGAGUCAAAAUAAGUUACAGUGCCUGAAAGACAACAAUUGUAAUGCUUUUGAAUAAACAAUCGUAAAACCCCGAUAAGAAAAAUUGUGGGAAGAUAUGAAAAGACGCGGGUGAGUGAAAACAGCCUCCAAACCUGACUCUGUUACACCAUCUUUGUCUGGAGAAAUGGGCUAAACCUCCUGCAAACCAUGGUGAGAAGGUUGAGGAAGGAUAUGCCCUAUUCAAACCAUUUACCGAAGCAAUUCCAGCAAAUACUAAGGAACUGGAUGUAAACUUCUGAAUUUGAACAAAGUGGCAAAUAUAUCGCUCCCUUUCUCUGUCACAUAAUCACUUUUAUGCUGACUAAAAAUGUUUUACACAGACUUAUCGAAAAACUCGGUUUAGUUAACUUAAAUCCAUCCUACGUUUUCUUUUGCUUUCAUUGACGGCUGCAUCAAGGUUAAAUGAUCCACAACACACAAAUAUAAAGCGAUGUUAAAUGAUCACAGUGUCCCUUCUUUGAAAUCCCAAGUAUUACAUGAUGAAGCUUCAAGGGCUCCAUCCUGUCAGGUUGUCAUGGGAACCCCGCAUCCUUCCUCACUCUCCCUUGUGGUCCCUCUGGGGAAAGCUGUGCACCUCCAAUUCCCUGCUGCACAGCAAAAAAGAAAAAAGAAAAAGCCUCUCUCUCCCCAACCUGUUAGAUAAUACCUAGGAAGGGAUCUGCAUCAGUCAAAAGUGCUGGAGUAGAGGGAGGGACAUUUAUUUGAGCAAACUGCAGCCUUUAAACUUGUGUUUGGAGACUGCGAGAGGAAACAAACACAUCUCAUUUAGAUUAAUGAGAGACUGCACGCGUGGCCACAGAACGUUAUGAUCACGGCUGUUUGAGGAGUGGUUCUGUGUAGUAGAUGAACAAUAUAAUUUCACCAAGGUGGUGCGUUCAGGUCGUUUAUUAUUGUUGCCAUUUAAAUUCCCACACAUUUCAUUUUGUGAAAGCACGGGUGGCAAAUGUAGGCAGCUGAGGAUACAUCUCAGAAUAGACGACGAAGGCCUCAAAUAGAUUUUCCCCAUCUAUAAACCUGCAAUUGUCAAGUUAAAAGAGGCUCACGCUGUGUUCUUCUGGUUAUUUUGCUUUUCUGCAUAAUUUCUUGUUUAAUGUAUUCUCUUGAUUAUAAUGUAAAAAAAAUCCUGUGGGGCAGUUGUUGUGCAUAUAGGCUCUCUGUGUACUUUAGACCUCAGUUCACCUGCAGGAGGAGCUGUGGUUUGCUGCAGCCUCUCUGGAGCUGAAGAGAGCGAUCCCUCUUUUUCUCCUUCAGUGGCAUGAAUAGCAUCCCCAGUGCUGGAGAGAGAGCAUAUCAGGAGGCAAACGACGAGGGGAGAGAGAUAGCAGGCGGUGUGACAGAUAAGAGUGUGGCAGAACUUGCCUUCCUGACUGCACCGUGGGUCGGGGAAAGAGAGAACAAGUGGACUUGAGUGUCAGCCUGCAGCCUGCACCAUAAUCACUCACUCACAGUCACAGAAACAGUCAUUCCCCAGAGCCCGGCAGCAGCAGAACUUCAGAGAGAGACGACUGACCUCAAAAAGGGAUGAUGGGAGAGCUGUCAGUGAAAGAUAAGGAGCUGAUACGAGGCAGCUGGGAGAGCCUGGGCAAGAACAAAGUUCCUCAUGGUGUCAUUAUGUUCUCAAGAUUGUUUGAGCUGGACCCUGCGCUGCUCAACCUUUUCCACUACAGCCCAAACUGUGAUUCCAAACAAGACUGUCUCUCCAGCCCCGAGUUCCUGGACCAUGUCACCAAGGUGAUGCUGGUGAUUGAUGCAGCAGUGAGCCACCUGGAUGAUCUCCACUCUUUGGAGGACUUUCUGCUUAAUCUUGGGAGGAAGCACCAGGCAGUGGGAGUCAGCACACAGUCAUUUACUGAGGUGGGAGAGUCUCUUCUCUACAUGCUGCAGUGCAGUCUUGGCCAGGCGUACACGGCGCCGCUGCGCCAAGCCUGGCUCAACAUGUACAGCAUCGUGGUAGCGGUAAUGAGCCGAGGGUGGGCCAAGAACGGCGAGGACAAGGCCGACUGAGGCGCACAGCGGGAGCUGCUGAGCAGUUGCUGUCAAACCAUCAACACGGUUGCCAUGGAACAAGGUUGUGUAACUGUGCAGCAUCGUGUCUUUGGCUGCUGUACAUGUGCUCUGUGAGCUGGUUUGUAUAACAUGGCGAAUGUAUGGUGUAGUUACACUUUAAAAUUAGACCCACCAAUUGCAGAGUUUAUUUUCUUUGCUGUGGAUGUUUAGCUUCCAGUCGACGCUACUGUACAGCUGUGAGAGUCAGACGGCGUGGGUCCUCUAAGACUGGACCUGAAAGCUGAAAGCAUUGAAGAUUACUGUAAGUUUCUUUGUAUAUACUGGCUUUGAUAUAUUUACUAAAUAACAGUGACUAUAGUGGUCUUUAUGUUGUAUCCUAAAAGAGUUGCACACUUGUGCAACUCUUCUAAUAAAUAUAUUAUUAUAUCUAGACAUCGCACACUAUUCAAACUGUGACUGUUACUGUGGCCAGCGAAGGCAGCUCUGUAUCCAUCUGGAACACAGUGAUACAUAAAAUGUGAUUUUGCAGGAGAAAAUCAGAUCACUUUAGUCAUAACUCUGUGUGUAUGUGUGUCUCCUGGAUUUUUUUUAUUUUUUAUUACACAUGGCCAUUUUUGUUAUAUGAUGUUUUAUCUGAGUUUAUAGCAACUAAAGCGAAUCAAGUUUACUAAAUGUUUAUCAGUGGCUACGGACAAGAACUGUUAACCUUACUCAAAGCUUUCUUCAGUGAUCAAUGACUGUUAGGGUGUCGGUUCACACCUUACUCAACGUAGUUUUUGAUGCUCUCCUCAGAUCGAGGUUUUGAGUGUUUCAGUAGGCGUCUGAUGACUGUUAAACCAAACAUUUUAGACUGUUAUGUGACCUUUAGUGUUUAGUAAGAACAUGUUGGAGCAAUUUCAACAUCUCUGUUUCUUUGCUGUUUUUACUAAGUGUAAAGGUGUUUAUUGCAGUUGCUUUUCUUACUAGUGCUUAUUAAUUGCAUUGUUGUUACACCAAAUGAAGAAUUAUCAUAUUACUCCGAUUUAACUUUUCUCUAUGGAAGUGAGACUUAACUAGGCAUGGGUUCGUAUGAGAUCUUUAUACAUUUAUUAAAAGAGAACAACUCACAAAGAUGUGUUACAUGAUCAAAAUGGGACAUAUUUACAAAUUUUUUGCUGAUAAAAUAGUCUAAUAUACUGAUCAUUAAAGCUAAGACAUUACUUUAUUGGUUUUUUGAUCUCCAUAUAUAGAUUCAAGUAGAAAUAUAAAGUCAACAUCUGCUAAACUCUUAAACAUCAUUACCUUUAUAGGAGUGAGGGGUCGUGCCCUUUAGCUCCCAAAAUUGGGUUUGAACCAAUACAAAAUUCUUAUAGUUUGAUAAAGUAGUAAUAGCACAACUGCACCUUAAAAUCCCAAAACUUUAAAUAAAAUCAGAUAGCAUGAUCUCGUCAAAUUUCAGAUUUAGAUGUAGUUUCUGAUUGGAAAAGACAAGAGGCAUUUUCAAGAAAAAGAUAAGACAAAAUAAAAAAUAUAUUAUUUUAGAAAAAAAUGUUUUUAUUUACAUUUUAAUAAAGAAAAUAGCUAGGCUAACUCAUAGUCUUCAAUCUUUCUUGAAUUUUUAGUUCCUUCACAGCUUUUCUAGCCGAUACAUAUCGAGGCUCCAUGUAAAAGAAACUUUUUCAAAGUUUAAAUCUGCCAGUGGUUUGAAUAAUACUGUGUGCUUACUGUUCUUUGUAGAAUAAGACAUGUAUAACCAGAUGAUAAUAUCUGGAUCAGCCAUCUGUUCAACACAACUCCCUUAAAUAACAGUGUUACAACAAUAAUGACACAACCUAACUUUUUCCAGUUUAGGGAUUUUUGUAAGCCGAGGAAAGAAAGUUGCAGUCACCACAUUUCAGCCAACGGUGCAGAACAAGAAAUGGGAGAGGGAUAACACCACAUCAUUCAGUACUCAAAGUAUUUUAAACCUAAAGAACAACACAACAGCAAAGUUUAGUGUUUUAGAGCCUGAAUGUUCUCAAACUUUGAUACCAGUAACUAGAAAGAGUUGGAAACAUUCAAAUUAGUCUGCGUCCUGAGCAACAGAAGCCCUCUAUCAGCCUGCUGACCAGCAGUGGACAGCAACAGGUUGUGGCAUUCAAUUCUCCAUACAACCAGAAAAAACUCUGGUCACUCUAGAACUAAUUAAAGAAACAGCAUGACGGAAUAUUUUUAAACUUUAACUUUUUAAAACCUUGAAACUGAUAGCCAGCCCAUUCCUAAUCCUAACUGAUGAGGAUUUUCAUGUUUAUGGUAUUAUCACAGACCACAGUAAUGCAGAUAAACUGUCUGCUCUCAGUUAUCCAAUAUGUGUAUAUCACUUUAUUAUCAGCUCUAACACUGCAUGCAUCACCCACAGCUGUUAUUUACCGUUAUGAUAAGAAUGCCAAGCAUCCUAACAAAUGGGCCAAGUAUGAAAAAUGCCACCAUUAAACUGUAAAUCCAAGCUGCUGACAUGUGGUUAUUAUUGCUUUAUAUUUAUAAAGUUUAUUUUUAUAUAAUCUGAAUUAUUAUGGUUUUGAAAGAGCAUUAUUUUUAUUCCCCCAGAAUGUCGUGCGCUGCUCAUUCUUUUGAUAUUUUAUCUUUCGGUUUGUAGUUAAUGAUCCCUACACCAAUUGGUGGCAAGUUUACAACUUUUAAUGUGGUUUCUCUAACUCAAAGUAACAAAAACAAAACAAAAAUGUGCAAUUAUUAUCGCAAACGGAGGGUUUCCAGUUGAACAGUCUAAACCAUACAUAGUCUGUUCACAGCCCACAGUUGUAAUGUGUAUAAGCUGGCUCUGAAGGUGUUGCAUUUAUAGUAAGUCUUUUCUUAGUAGGCCGUCUUUUUUUUCUUACCUUAAGCAUUUUUAGCCAACCUCACAGACAUGUUAACUGUUUUAUUAAGUUUAGCUAUGUGUAUAUAUUGGGUGUGUCACUGUCUACCUCAUCAUAAUCAGCUGCUAUUGAACUGUGAUGACUUCACCUAGUUAUCUUUUGACCAAAAACACACAUUGUUACUAUUAUCAGAGUUAAUAAAGGUACACACUCUUUGUAAAGUAGAUUCUGUCCUGAACUUUUCAGGAGGACAUGUUAUGUGUUUACGUUCAACUAAAUAAAGUGAUCUGUGGGUAUUUCACA